AGUACAGACUGCUUUUAACCAUAUGGAAAGAAUUAAGUAAGUUUAUUGAAUAUCCGCUGAACUGAUGUAUAAAUGCAGGAACAGGCUAGUUUUGGUUGACAUCUUUAUCAUGUGGUUUGUAUGCAUUUAAAUGCCUUCUAUUUCUUUCCUUUUCUCUCUUUUUCUUUUAUAUAUAUAUAUAUAUACUUAUAGAGAUUUUAUGGAUCCCUUGACAGAAGAAAACUUAGCUCUUCAUACAAAACAUGUAAGGACAAACAUAAAAAUAAAAAACUUAUGUCUACUUAGUUUCCACCUCAAAAAGAUGCACGAAAACACAAUACUCGCUUAUACGUUGAAUCACAACUAUCGAUAGCCAUCCAACCUAAACAUAAACGAUGGUUUCAAUCCCUUCGUUUCGAUAUCAUCAAGAA